CCAACCAAAACCACACCUCCCACGCAGUAACCAAAGGCCCAAAGGUUAUCCUUAGCCUUUUGGCCCCAAACCACACUUCAUUUCGACCUUCACACCCAGAAUGCAUUUGCUCACCGCACCUUCAGUUGCAGGCGGCUUUUCCUUUCUCGCCCAAUUUUCGAACUCCGACUGCAAAUAUGAUAACCCCCUAAUAAACCUCUUCUGCAACUUCCCUUCAAACAAGAGGAGGGCAGCUUCGCUUAGCGCUUUAAAAGUGUCGGUUUCAAAUGGCAGCAGCACGAGUCCAGUUGAUGGGCUCUAUCAAUCUCUACACAUUGAUGAUCCUAAGCGUGCCCGGAGGCUUGCGGAUUGGAAAGCUGCAAGGGUGUACCUGGACAAGGGAGUCGUCUUUGAGGGAAAAGUUGAAGGAUAUAAUGCUGGUGGCUUGCUGAUAAGAUUUUAUUCCCUUCUUGGUUUUCUUCCAUUUCGGGAGUUGGCCCCCUAUCAUAGAUACAAAGAACCUCAUAAGACCAGCCAAGAGAUUGCAAGAUCUUUGGUGGGUUCUGUUAUUUCUGUGAAGGUGAUCGAAGCAGAGGAGGCUAAUAAGCAGUUGACAUUCUCUGAAAAGGAGGCCAGCUGGUCAAAGUUCUCUCCUCAACUGAAGUUAGGAGACAUUUAUUAUGGCAGGGUAGGAUCUGUGAGGGAUUUUUGCGCCUAUGUUCAUCUCCGUUUCCCAGAUGGGCUUUAUCAUCUCACUGGAAAACUGCCUGUUUCAGAUAUAUCAUGGGACUUGAUCCAUGAUGCAAGAGAUGUCUUGACUGAGGGUGAUGAAGUAAGAGUCAAAAUCGUGCAUAUAGAUAGGAAAAAUGCAACGAUCAAAUUAUCCAUAAAACAACUGACUGAAGAUCCUCUUCUAGAAACUUUAGACAAAGUUAUUCCUCAGGAUGUCUCAGCAGAUCCUGAUGCAUUAGAUGAAAGCGAACAUUUUACCAUAGAACCUUUUCCUGGGCUUGACGCAAUACUUGAAGAGCUAUUGAAGGAAGAUGGCAUAGAUGGUGUGAAGAUCAGUGGACAAGGAUAUGAGAAAAGGGUAGUUUCCCAGGAUUUGCAGAUUUGGCUUUCAAAUGCACCACCUAAAGGAGAUCAAUUCACCCUUCUUGCUCGAGCGGGAAGACAGGCAAAUUACCAUCAAUACUACUUUAUUUUCCUCUCUCUCUAUCUCGUUCUGAAUAUAACAUUUGAUGUGCAAGAAAUACAACUGUCGUCAUCACUUGAUCAAGAUGGAAUUAAGAGGGCACUGCAGCAGAAAAUCUUAUCUUAUAGUUUUCUUAUCUAUGGGGACUCGUUAAUGAAUGGCCACAAUAGCGGCUGUUCAUUUCUCGCCCAUUUUUCGAACUCCGUCAGCGCAUCUGAGAUCCCCCUAAUAGGAACCCCGUUGAACCUCUCCUGCAGCCUCCCUUCAAACAAGAGGCCAGCUUCACUGAGCGCUUUAAAAGUGUCGGUUUCAAAUGGCAGCAGCACGAGUACAGUUGUUGGGCUCGAUCAGUCUCUACACCUUGAUGAUGCUAGGCGUGCUCGGACGCUUGCUGACUGGAAAUCAGCAGAGUCGUUACUACACAAGGGAUCAGUCGUUCAGGGAAAAGUCGAAGGAUACAAUUCUGGUGGCUUGCUGAUAAGAUUUUAUUCCCUUUUGGGAUUUCUUCCGUAUACGCAGAUGUCCCCAUCUCAUUCAUGCAAAGAACCUCACAAGACCAUCACAGAGAUUGCAAGAUCUUUGGUGGGUUCUGUUAUUCCUGUGAAGGUGAUCAAAGCAGAUGAGGUUAAUAAUCAGUUGAGAUUCUCAGAAAAGGCGGCCAACUGGUUAAUAUUCUAUCCUCAACUGGAGAUGGGUGACAUUUUUCAUGCCAGGGUGGGAUUUGUAGAUGAAUUUGGCGCCUUUCUUCAUCUCCGUUUCCCAGAUGGGAAUAUGAAAAGAAGAACGAUUCACUUUGGAAGGAAAAAUCAUGUGAUGAAGGAGAAAGCUGUGUGUGCAAAAGACUCAUGGCUUUAUCAUCUCACUGGAAGAGUGCAUGUCUCAGAAGUAUCAUGGGACUUUGUCCAAGACGUGAGAGAUGUCCUGGCUGUGGGUGAUGAAGUGAGAGCUAAAAUUGUGCAUAUAGAUAGGAAAAAGCCAUUAAUCAAAUUGUCCAUAAAACAACUGUUUGAAGAUCCUCUUAGAGAAACUUUUGAGAAAGAUAUUCCUCAGGAUGUCUCAGCAGAUCCUAAUGCAUUAGACGAAAGCGCUCAUUUUACCAUAGAACCUCUUCCUGGGCUUGACACAAUAAUUGAAGAGCUAUUGAAGGAAGAUGGCAUAGAUGGUGUGCAGAUCAGUAGACAAAGAUAUGAAAAAAGGGCACCUUCCCAGGACUUGCAGCUUUGGCUUACAAAUGUGCAAGAAUUACAACUGUCAACAUACCUUGAUCUAGAUGGAAUUAAGAGUGCACUGGAGCGGGUGCUGGAAAGCAUUCCGCUAGAGAAUUCUCUAUUGCUCGUUUUUUAUACUGCGAAUGAUUCUGUGUUAUUUCCCCUUCCAGCUUUCUUUGUACACGUACUUUUGCCUCAAAUAUUUUCUUACAUGUUUGCCUCACCCAAAAUUUCCUCCUCUGAGCUGACAAAUGCUAUUUUCUUGGAAGUUUGCAUCAAAAAUGCAAAAUAUGUCAUAAAAAUAAAUACAAACAAUGGUGGAACCAAAAACCAUUAUUAG